GGYAYUACCAAAGUGCCAGCAAGAAUACCAGGAAAAGAAUAGACAGUGGUUUUUAGAAGGGCGSUCAGUACCAUGGUGUACAAAUGAUGGACACUAUCAACGCUAUCAAUGCUUUAGAUCCUAUUGCUAYUGUGUGACCACGMAAAAUGGAGUGGAAUUAUUUARAUCCCGCAUGGAGAUAUCACGUGGCGAUGCUGUUUGUUCUAGCAAAGCUCCCGCAGAAACUGCAUGCGAAGGUCAGAGAAGGCAAGCUUUAUCAAGUCGAAAUCCUGGMACUUUUCUUCCCGAGUGCAAACAAAAUGGUGACUUUUUAGAAGUACAGUGUGAUGGYUUACAGUGCUUUUGCGUUAACAAAGAUGGCCGUGAAAUACCUGGAACACGAACAASCAAUGGUGUAAAGCCUUCGUGCCAAAAAAUGGAUACAACAUUAACCCCAUGUGAGCGCGCUGUACAAGAAGCGCUUUAUCGCGGCGAUGGGUACGUCCCAAGAUGCACUGUAAGURGUGACUAUCAAGACAUACAAUGCCACGCUACGUAUUGUUGGUGUGUGAACAUAAACGGCCAGGAAUUGCCAGGAACGAAAACCACAGGAUCUGUUUCUUGUCCCGGAAAAGGUCCAUUUACAAGCCCUUGUUGGACAGAAUACCAAUCAAUUUCCAGGAAGCCAUCAUUUCCUGGACAAUAUGUACCACARUGUGAGCKUGAUGGUCGGUAUUCAGAGGUCCAGUGYCACGUGGGGUAUUGCUUCUGUGUUGAUUCAACUGGUACUGARAGAAAGGGAUUCUCUGUUGACACMAGGCAUGGAAAACCAACAUGUGAAAGAAGUGACGACCAGAUGACGGAGUGUCAGGCUAAGCGUAGUGCUGCAAUGAAAGCAAACCCUAACGACAUACCUGUCAUCGCUGAAUGUACACCAGAUGGCGAGUACAGCAACGUGCAGUGUAACAGAUUAACUAAAGAGUGUUGGUGCUCAGACUCCAAUGGGGUGGAAAUUGAAAAUUCAAGAACCAAUCAGACAUUGCAAUGCAAAAAUAAAGCCAAUGAGACUCUUUGUGGCAAAGACUUCUUUCCAUACUCUCGUGCUUUGAUUGGUCAAUGGAAUCACGUGUCAGUGUGUUACGUGAAUGGUGCAUAUCGACCCAUWCAGUGUGAUGGUAACAARGGCUACUGCUGGUGUGUGGACGAUAAUGGCAGAUCACGMUGGGAUUCUGUCCUCCGUGCUAUCCCAGCAUGCAAACCUGGUUACUCGUUGAGUGCCUGUCAAGAUCACAGACGAAGAGUUCUUGGCYUGAGAGGAUUUGUCUCUGCCAACACCUAUGUACCCCAAUGUAAUGAUAAUGGUUCCUACAAACAAGUACAAUGUCAAACUAUGAAUGACAUGCUAUAUUGCUGGUGUGUGAACGAUAAAGGCAAAGAGAUCAGUAGGACAAGACAGAAGGGACGACCAAAGGAAUGUAAAAUAAGGGACAUCACUCCUUGCCAAGAGGAGGUAGAGAAAUCUCUUCUUACUGAAGGAGAUCAAGGAAGAUUCACACCRCGAUGUAAAGCAAGCGGUGAAUACGARGAGGUUCARUGCAACGAGCGAACAGGGUACUGCUGGUGUGUGGACAAGAAUGGAAAAGAAGUCGUGAAUACUAAAUCUAAGGAUUUUAUCUUCUGUCCAGGGCUUGGGCGUGGUCUCACUAGUUGUCAACGUGAAUACCAGAAAGCGGAACGCGAUAAGUUUACGUCUGGUCGGUUCAUGCCACGUUGUACCCCCAAGGGAGAAUGGGUUGAUGUGCAGUGUCAUACAUCAGAGUGUUACUGUGUCAACGAGCAUGGCUUUGAGAUUUAUGGAACUAGAAUUGCAAUGCCAGGAAAACCAAAUUGUACUGAAGCUGCGUCRAAGCCCACCGAGUGUCAACAAAAACGUCAAUCAUUGUUGGAUAACGGUGUUCCAGGAGCCAACAUACCACAAUGUACUCUAAAGGGUGGAUUUGAUCCAGUACAAUGUCGGGAUACCGUUUGCUAUUGCGUCGAUCAACGAGGCAAUGAGAUACAGGGAACCCAACUCGCUAUUGCUGAUGGGAAACCUCAAUGUGAUAAUCCAGCCCUUAAGUURUCCCUCUGUCAGCGUCAAUUCCAGGAAUACUGGAGAAGUCCAAUCAGUGGUCGUUAUGUCCCACGUUGUGACAGUGCUGGUCGGUUUGAUGAGGUUCAGUGUUUUGGUCCAUACUGUUUCUGUGUUGAYACAAAUGGCGUUGAGAAAUAUGGAACUCGACUUCUACAGACAUCGGGGCCUGUUGACUGCAGCAAUUUGAAAAAACCGCUGACCCCAUGUCAGUCUGAGCUYGCAGUCAUUAAACCGCCAAACCCAAACCGUGUGAUCCCAAGAUGUGAUCSGGAUGGMUCUUAUUCUCCUGUCCAAUGCGACGUCUUAUCUAAUGAGUGCUGGUGCGUUGAURRAAAAAAUAACGAGAUUACYGGGACGAGGAAAAAGGGAGACAUUAYUUGUGGCUCACSURAUGAUAGUAAGUAUAAAGCUCCCCAAGAGAUAAAUGUUCUGUCAAGUCAAGUGACACGGCCUUCAAGAGGUUCAUUCCCGGAUGUUCGCCGGACAAGAGUUUUACCCCACUUCAAUGUGACUUCCGGUACGGAUAUUGCUGGUGCUCAGAUACAAAUGGCAAUUGGUUCCCAUCGGCAAUAG